AUGGAGGAUCAAGCUAAAUUAGCAGUAGAUGUUCGAAACAAUCAAUUGGCGACUCAGAAUUUGGAGAAACAGUUUGGGCAGUUUGCUAGAGCCCAAACUUCCCGACCAAAAGGGAGUUUGCCGGGAAAUACCGACCCGAACCCAAAGAAGGUAAAUGUUGUGAGUACUCGGAGUGGUCGUCCAUUGGAGGAGUUGACACCAAAGGAAAAAGUUGCUGAUGAAAAAGGAAAACUUGUAGAUGAAGCAGAACUAAGUGAACAAAGGGUUAAUGAGGAACCAAAAGCAAAACCACGUCCUCCAUUCCCACAGAAAUUCAGAAAACAAAAAGAGGAUGAAUGUUUCGGUAAGUUUAUUGAAUUACUCAAACAUAUACAUGUUAACUUGCCUUUGAUAGAUGUGUUGCAGGGUAUUUCUAAGUAUGCCAAAUAUGUGAAAGAUGUGGUAGCCAACAAGAGUAGAUUGGCUGAGUAUGCAACAGUAACACUCAUGGAGGAGUGA